AUGGCGGAAAGAAAUAGUGCGAAAAAAAAGUUGGCCGUAGCCACCGAAGCGGAAGAAAGUGGGAAUGCAAUAAGUGAGCUGGAGCGUACCAAGGACAACAUUGUCGAUUCUUUGGGGUUGCUGGAAUAUUACGUGAAGGAGUUCGAUAAAACGGAGAAGAUACAGGUAGGAGCGUGGGCAGAGAAGUUGGAGCAAUUCUACAACGAUUAUCGUCGGAUCGUUGCGAAACUGGAAAGUUUCUCCACCGAAGAGGAGCCCGUCGACUUAAGAGGUGAGCGUAUCGAUUUUGACACCAGAUAUUAUGCGCUGCGGGCGUUUUAUAUGAACAAAUUGAGUAAAUCCAGUGGUUCAGCGUCCGUAAAUCCCCAGUCUUCGGUGAGACCACUCAACAUACGACUUCCGGAGAUAAUUUUGCCGAAGUUCAGCGGGAGAUUAGAGGACUGGUGUGUUUUCCGAGAUACGUUUGAGUCAGCGGUUGGUUCUCGCGACGAUAUCAGCGCGGUCGAGAAGAUGCACUACUUGAAGGGUCUAGUGCAGGGAGAAGCAGCGCGAAUCCUCGACCCGAUAAGAAUCAGCGAGCAGGGAUACAAGGAUGCCUGGCGAUCUUUGCGUCUGCGGUUCGAGAACAAACGACAGCUGAUCAAAUGCCACAUCCGUGCACUCUUCGAUACUCCAACGAUGCGCAAGGAGAGUGCUGAAGAACUUCUGGCCUUGGUGGACCGUGUUGAACAGCAAAUUUCCGUCCUCAAGAGUUUGGGAGAACCAGCCGAUCGAUGGAGUUCUCUUCUGAUGUAUCUAUUGUCUGUCCGCCUCGAUCCGAGUACGCUACGAGAAUGGGAGAAUCACUAUGCCAAACUUGACGCCGAUAACAUCGCCGCUGUUCUUGGAGGUACCGCCCGAGAUGUCGACCAUAUCAACGAGGAUUCAACAGCAAUGCUUUCGUACGUUUCCAUGGUCAAUUACCUCCAGAAUUACGCUCGAGUGUUGCAAGCCGUCUCUCCCAUCGUCUCACAGUCUGCUCCAUAUUCCAAACCACCCCGCCCUCUGCCUCCACCUACCAAGUUCGCUUCGUUUCCUGCAGCAGCACAGUCCGAAUCGUCCAGAUCAGCUGCAGCCAAUGUCAUCCAGUCGUCGAAACCAUGCGCCAAGUGCGGUCAGGCGCACUGCCUGUACCAAUGUCCCGAGUUCCGCAAGAUGAACGUCGCCCAACGAUCGGAGCUCGUGCGACAAAACCGGCUGUGUAUGAACUGCAUGCGCUCGAAUUCUCACUACGCGAGGACCUGUUCUGGCCAGAGAUGUCGUGUGUGCUCCAAGAAGCACCAUACUCUUCUGCACUUGGAUUCUGACGAUUCAGGUGUCGAUUCUGGCAGUCAGUCCUCCAACACCAGCUGCUGCGUGGCACUCCAACAACACUCUUCCGUUCCGCAACCCCAGAUCGCUCCCGCUCAGCAAUUCACGAAGUCCGCCACCUCAGUCGCCGUCCAGCAACAGUCUCCUUCUACUUCGAACAAUUACAAUGUCCAUGGCUCUUCUGGAAACCCACAGUACACUCUUGUUACGCAUUCUGCGGGGACGAUUCCAGAAGCCGUCUUCUUACCAACCGCCAUGGUAAACAUCAGGGACAGUAGAGGUCGAGUUUGCACCGUGCGCUGCUUGUUGGACUGUGCUUCACAGCGUAGUUUUGUGUCAAAGGCUGUGUGUGAUCGACUGAAGUCUCCACUUGUCCAUCUACCACAUCCUGUCACCGUCAGCGGAAUUGGAAAUGCUACGACGUCGGUUGAGUUCCAGUCUACGUUGAGUAUCUUCUCGCGAGUGUCGCCAUUCUCCAUUGAAGACACGGUACUGGUGCUGCCAUCCAUCACGGUGAAGCUUCCACAAUCGACGGUAGACACCAGCCACUGGGCAAUUCCUCACAGUAUGGACCUCGCUGAUCCCACGUUUGCGGAAUCUGGGUACAUCGACGUCAUCCUGGGUGCAGCACAUUUCCUUCGUGUGCUACGUUAUGGUCGUGUCUUGCUAGGUGACGACUUGCCUCUGCUACAAAGCACCGAGUUCGGUUGGGUCGUUUCCGGGAAGUGUGAGCUGAGCAACAAUGACCGUCGAAGAUGUCAGUUCAGCAACACCAUCAGCACCGUCACUGAGAUGGUCAAUACAUACGAAGUGAACGCUGUCGAAGAAGAGCUCCAGCCGCCGUAUUUCCUCCCUCACCAUGCUGCCAUGAAUCCAGAGAGCACAACGAAUGAGAUAUGCCUUGUUUCCGAUGCGCCGUGCCGUUCCAUUCCGAACUCGUCGUUCAACGAUGUCCUUCUCACUGCUCCAACCAUCAAAGGUACUCUGGUCACAAUCGUACUACGCUUCGGAUUCCACCACUACAUCAUUUCAGCUAAUAUUGAGAGGAUGUACCGUCGAGUGCCGCUUCACAAGUGGCAUCAGCCUCUCCAGCGAAUCCUGUGGCGUGACGAUCCCGUUCCAUCACUCACGGUGUAUCAGCUUCGCACUGUCACCUCCGGCACCAGUAGUGCCCCGUUUCUUGUGACCAGAGUAGACGACGACGACGACGACGACGACGAAGAGAAGACAUUUCCUAUUUCCACGCCUACCGAAUGGCACGAUUUCAGCGCGAACAAACAACUCACGGGUUCAGACAGCAACGAUUCACUCAACGAACUCUACAGGGAAAUUAUCACGAUGCUUGCAUCUGCAGCUCUUCCACUCCGACAGUGGUCAUCUUAUUUUGCGGACCAAGAACCACCCGAUAUCAUCGAUCGCUACCACAGCAUUCGUCAAGUGCUCCGAGUGGCUGCGCUCCUCUGGAGGUUUUGUGUGAACUGUCGCCACCACAAACGAAAUGGAUCUCAAGAAAUUAGAUCGCUGACUUCCGAAGAGAACGACCGCACCUUGUUGAUGCUGAUUCGGAAGGUUCAGGGGCAGUGCUGCAUGACUCAGACACGAAAGCUCACCAGUUCUGGUCAAACGAAUGGGAAAUCGAAGCUCCGCAUCUUCCAUCCUCCAUUCGUGGACGGAAUAAUCCGAGUUGGCGGCCGGUUGUACUUCGCACGAAUACCAAUCGACGAGAGACAUCCCAUGGCAGGUUGCACUGCCAACCAUCGUUCCAUAGAGCUGAUCUGUCUGCGAGAGUGCUUCGAACCGUUGAACGCUGAUCCAGUACUGCUGAUGUUUACCCUCCGCCAGAGAUUUUGGCAUCUUGGCGGCCGGAUUGGGUCAACCAGGCGACCCAUUCCAGGUUCUCCCCCACCAACCAUUUCAUGUCGCCAGAACUAG